AAGACACUGCCGCUCAAUCAGAACCAGCAGCUAACCAUGAGGCCGGAAGUGGGGUUGUUUUUGCGUUCACUUGAGUAGCGGACCUGCUGAGAGGAUCAUGUGCUGUAACAGCAGUGUGACCCGGGUUCUGUCUUCGUCAGUGAACCAGGCGGCCCAUCCUCAGAUCCACCUAAUGCCCUGUGAGAUCGAACACAACGGACCUGCCCAGAUCUCUCAAUACUUCACUGCAACCAUCAAAGAUGGCAAACAUGAGAAGACUGUUUCAUUCAGGGGUCGAGGUUUGAAGGGGCAGGAGCUCAGAUGUCCACAAGGGUACACUGGCUUGGUGCUGAAGGAAGUCAAUAAGUCUGGUUUUGACCAGGAAGACAGGACCGUCAAAGUCUCAUCUAUAUUUGAUAAAGUCACUUACUGGAACCUGGAGACGCCUCCAAACACAGAUGACACAGUUGUGAUGGCGUUGGACUGGCCUGAGUUGGCUGAGGCGAUCCACGGACCAAUAGAAGACUGAGAUUGUAAAAUCCACACAUGAUGGCCUCGCCUGAGUGUUGUGCAGGUUUUUGGCUGUAGCAAGUGAAAAUGCUUCAAGAAACAUGAAGCGCUCUUCCAACAAAGUCUGCUCCACUGUUACUAGCAGCAUAAGCAAGAUGCACAAGUUUUGAAUAGUUGUAUUUUUUUUUGUAGUGAAAUAAAAGAAAAAUGAAUAAACAGU